CCCAUUAUUUAUUAAAAGUCUAUGAAUGGGUAAUUGCAACUGUGAUAUUUGGCCGUAGAUCGUUCGCCAGAAAAAGCCGCAAAAAGUGAAAAAACCCGGAAACCGACCGCGAAAGUGAGCUGGCGACGCGAACCAGUCAAAUCGGGAAGAAGAUCAGUUCCGCAUGCUGCUGUGCCGUUUUUUGGUGAUCUGACCCAAAGGGUGUUUCACUUCACUAAGCUGACGUACGCUCGUUCGGGGACUUUCAACUAACUGAGGCCAGUUCUCCACUUUUCCCACUCUCAUCACUCAGUGCCUACUAGUGUUCUUCUUUAUCCGGUUGCCCAACGUCAUCCAGCAGGCCAAUGAGCAGCAGCACCAAAAUCCAUACAUCAUCUUCCAGGCUCAGUAGGCGCUCUCCAGCUAUCCAAAUGCCUCAGUAGGCACAACACAACUCCACCUCUGGCCCCAUUGGUUUAUUUUGCGGAGUGUGGACGGUUUUGGUAGGGUGACACUGAAGAUGACCGAACGAAACGGUUGCGAGUGGAGUUUGGAGGGGUAGGCUGGAGAACCGGGGUGAUGCCCGAGGGGGGCUAGAAUGGAGGAAGGCCCGGAUUUGUCCCACUUGACUCCUGAGGAGCGAACCAUCAUCGAGUCGGUCAUGGUUCGACAGAAGCAGGAGGAAGAACGGGAACAAGAGAUCAUGAGAAAGAAGGCAGAUGAAGUACAAUCACUGGAGCAACAGAUACGGGCCAGAAACGAGCAACAGAAGAAGGCCGGCGUGGAGUUGGAAGCGACUUGCCACAUUUGCCUGAAGACGAAGUUUGCCGAUGGAAUCGGGCACAUCUGCAACUACUGCACGAUCCGAUGUUGUGCCAGAUGUGGCGGAAAAGUCACCCUAAGAUCUGGAAAGUCGGUUUGGGUAUGCAUUCUUUGCCGCAAAAAACAAGAGCUGCUCGGUCGGACCGGCCAAUGGAUGCAAGGUGGCAUGCAGGCAGUCAUUUCCGAUCCAGAAAGCGCCAUGUUGGCCUCGGUGAUCCAGUCGGACAAGCGGCCUAAACUGGAACGAGCGCACUCGGCUGCCGAGAAGGAAAAUCAGCCGCUCCAAAGAUCCGGGAGCGUUCUGAGGCGCCAGUACUCAGAAGAGCAGUCGCGCACGCCCUCUUGCGACCGCUACAAACAGUACAACGAGGAAGACCCGAUGUUCUACCAAGGAGAGUUAGAAGGACUGAUGCGCGCCCAUCCUCACUUGCUGCCUCGAAUAUAUCCGGAUCAGAACCCGGCUAAUCAGCCAGAUGUCCGGCAGGAGCGCCUGCAGGGCCAAGCCAGUGCGACGAAGAAGCACAAGAGGCAAACCAAACACCAUCAUCAGACGGCUCCGCCUCCCCAACUGCAACUUCACUCAUACUCCAGCUCGGAGGAGGACCUGAAGAGCACGCCCGAGUACAGCAGCGAUCGCGAUAGCGAAAAAGGCGUGGACGAGCCGGAAGAGUGGCCGCCGCUUAGCCACUAUAUAGUGGCGCCGCCCCAUCGGCCCCUGCAGGACGUGACGGCCGACAAUCGCGGCUUAAGCGACCGAAGGAAGAAAACCGUUCGUUUCGACCAUCAGGAUGGCCGUCAGGGCUCCCAAGGGUCGCAAGACUCGCAUCGCGACUCCGGCAUCGACACCUCGUCCACUUUUACCUCCAGCGAGGACUCGACUCGAGGAGACUUUCCAAAGCAUCCGCACCAAUGGCAAGUUUCCUCCGACGGCAGCAAGAUGUUGGGGCACAUGAUAUUAAGACGGGGCAACACGGAGGCCAGCGGUUCGAGUGCGGCGAUUUUAGGCUUAAAAGUCGUUGGAGGCAAACUGUUGGAGAAUGGCGCCAAGGGCGCCAUCAUCGAAAAAGUGAAGAAGGGAAGCAUAGCUGAUGUUGAUGGCCAACUCAGACCAGGAGACGAAGUGAUUGAAUGGAAUGGUAGGCUGUUGCAAAGCAAGUCCUACCAGGAAGUGGCCGAUAUCAUUGCGGAGAGCAAGCAAGAGGUGAACGUUGAGCUGAUCGUGAGCCGGCCGAUGGGUAACCGAAGAAUCGCCAAGGCUUCCUGGAGGCAAUUCGCAGCUCAGAGAGGUCAGCCCAACGUGUCGUGGCCGGACAGUGAAAUAUACGAGCGUCCACACGUUUUGGUAACUUCGCCUGGGAGCCCCGAUCGACACGAAGCCCCUGUUUUAGGCCAAGGGCCCACCAGUGUGGGCGGACGAGUCCAGAUCCGACUAGGGUUCGAUACGGCCACUUUGCAACUGUUCGUUACGAUAGUCUGCGCUACCGGUCUGAGGCCCAGAUCAGAACAACAGGCGCGAAAUCCCUACUGCAAGCUGUUCCUUUUGCCCGAUCGCUCCGAGAAGAGCAAGCGGAGAACUCGGACGUUAGGAGGAACAACCGAGCCCAUGUGGAACCAAACGUUCGUUUACUCCGGAUUGAGGAGAGCCGACCUUAGACUCCGAUCUCUCGAGAUAACAGUUUGGGACUACGUCCGAUAUGGGGCGAACGAUUUUUUAGGAGAGGCCAACGUGGAACUCUGGCCGCUAGAUGAGCAGCCCACUUGGAGACAGCUGGUGCCCCAUGAGGAGGUGGCGCUGACGCCCAGCGAGCACCUAUCGCCUCCCAGUACAGGCAGUCGCUUUUCCGACAGCGACACGACUUCGGAGUGCGAAAUUGAGGGCAGUAGGGAACGUAGGGGAGCGGACGGGGCCAGUGUGAGCAGCGUGGGGAGCUCUUCCAGCCCUCCUAGGGAAUGCGAGCGGAGAUCCAGACGAGACCAAGAAUCCAUAGCGCCUUAUAAGUACAAGAGGGACAGCAUGACUGGGGCGCGCUCCCACUCGGCAGCUCCUUGCGAUACUCAAGUGGUACACUCAUCUAGAUCUCGCUCCAAGUCCCCUAGGCGGAUGGCUACCGACUAUCGCUCACUCUCGCCGCCAGACUGCGAAACUGUCGUCGUUUCCGGCACGAGGUUCAAGUCGCGGUCGGCUACAGCCACUCCUACCGGCUCCCCGAAGAAACGCCAACUCCCGCAGGUUCCUCAUGCGCUGGCUCGCGCCCUACAGGAGCGAGUGGCGCAAGAUUUGGAGGAUCGGGGCGCCAAUAACAGGCGCGUGCGAUACGUCCAUCAUAGCUACAGAAACUCCGGCUCCAGCUGGGAGCGGAGGUAUAGUGGGCUGAGCGAUAGCGACCUCACUAGUCAUGUGAGGAGCAGCAGCCAUAGGCGGAACGUCUCCCCGGAUAGAGACCGAGACCCUCUGGGAUUGGGGGACUUUGACAGCGAUAUGGAGUCGGUCGCCUCAGUGACCAGCAGCUCGUUUUCCACGCAGAGUGAACGGCCUAGAGGCACUAGAAUGUCUAGCGCGGAGUACUCCAACUACUCCUCGGGAGGUUACCAGAUGACACGCAACUCCACUGCCAGUGAUAGAGGCUCGGAUAGAGACACCAUGGACUCUCUGGACUCGCACCAUCACAGCCAUCCAGAUGAUCAGAACCACCAUCAUCAUCACCACCACCACCAUCAUCGUAGGGAGGGCACCGUGAAGAGAGGACAGUUCACUAGAAGUCUCUCCAACACGGAACCUCCGUCGGAGGACAAAGCAGAUGGAAGCUUGAGUGAUACAGCAGUGAGUCAGCUGCAUGGCUUGGACGUGCCGCAUAGGGAGAGAAAGGACGGACGAGACCGGGAUAGGCAGAAUCAGUUUUCUGGGUUAAAUAAAAAGAGCAGCUCCACCAGCCAGCUUUCGGCUACAGGUCGAAAACGACGAAUGGGCUUUGGACGUAGGGGGAAAACCUCUUUUACUGUACAUAGGUCGGAAGAGGUGCUGCCAGGCGAUGUGCGAUUGUCCAAACAAGGCUCUUCAGCGUCCAGCGACGGCGAAGGCUCAGCUGAUGGCGACAGGUGGUCGCCAUCGCUGCGAUUGACCGGCGAAGGGCAACUGGCUGAGUUCAUUGAGGGCUUAGGUCCUGGACAGUUGGUUGGGCGCCAGGUGCUGGGCGCCCCCUCUUUAGGAGACAUUCAAUUGUCUUUGUGCCAUCAGCGAGGAGUCUUGGAGGUGGAAAUCAUCCGAGCUAGAGGCCUGCAGGCCCGGACCGGUUCCAAAGUGUUACCAGCGCCCUACGUGAAAGUGUAUCUGGUGUGUGGGAAGAAAUGUUACGCCAAAGCGAAAACGCAGCAGGCUCGGCGAACAUUAGAUCCGCUCUAUCAGAAGCAAGUCACGUUUAAGGAGAAUUAUACAAACUGUAUACUGCAGGUGACUGUUUGGGGCGAUUAUGGGCGAAUCGAAGGCAAAAAAGUGUUCAUGGGCGUCGCGCAAAUCAUGCUCGACGAUCUUAACUUAAGCAACAUUGUCAUAGGCUGGUACAAGCUCUUCGGGACGACGUCCCUGAGAUAAGGCCAACCACCCUGUGGAAAUCAAUCACUCUAAAUCGUGUGGAUGAACAUUUGGCAGUGAGUUUCUAGCGGCGACAUAAAAUAAAAACAGUUUUACCAAUUUUGUGCUCCAAAUAUUCCGAAAAACGAUCCAGUUUACCAAAAUAUACACAGGACUAUAUAAUCGUGAGGAAUUCAACAGGAAUAUUUGGGGCACCCCGACACGAACUUGUUAAACAAAUUAAUUAUAUCAGAAAAUUUAUUAUUGUACUGUUAAAACCAAAGUGAUUUAAGAAGGAUGGCGUAAAUUCUAGCGAAGAGCGUAGCUUACGUAGGGUUCCUAGUGUAAAUUAAGGAAAGUGAAAAAUCGUAUAAGUGUAGAUACCACGCACACAUACAGUUAGAGUGUCACCAAAUCAUAUCGAAGUAUUAAUAAUUAUACAGGGCGACUUACAUUAGCGAGUGAUAUAACUGGUUGGGCGCGUCUCACAGGCCCCGCCCAUUUAACCAUGAGCUUCGACAAGCUCUCUGUGUGCUUUAUUGGAAUUGAUAAAAAUGCUUUUUUACUUAAAAACAAACCUUAAGGUAGCGGCAAAUUCGAGCCGUCAUUGUACAUUAUAAAUACUAGAAACGUUUAUUCUCAUUGGCCGUGAGUAUUAUUCGGUGAUUUUGUGACCUUGCUCUUAAUUCUCCUGAUUGGUUGAUGUCGACGAGGCUCCGCCUCCUUUAACAAAGCUGGCUUCUUGCACUCGCAUUCAGUUUCUUUUUUAAGGUUCGAAACGUUUUUUGACUGAAAUACUGUUAUAGUGUUAAAGUUGUUUUGCGUUUGAGUCGUUUAUUCAACCAAAUCCUUGUUUUUUUGCAAAUAAAAUGACGUAGAUAAUGUUUUACAUGUGGAUCAGGCUCCGCCUCCAGCGGUUUCUGGCCUGUUUUCUCUCCUUCUAUCGCGCGCUUUCAUAAUGCUGCCUUGUUGCACCCGCAUUCAAUUUUCCUUUCUAGCUGCAGAAGGGAUUUUAUUGGAAAUACUGUUAUAGUGUUAAAGUUGUUUUGCGUUUGAGUCGUUUAUUCAACCAAAUCCUAAUUUUUUUGCAAAUAAAAUGUCGUACAUAGAGUUUUACAUUUGAAUGAGGCUCCGCCUCCAGCGCUUUCUGGCCUGUUUUCUCUUUCUAUUGCGCACUUUCAAGACGCUGUCUUGUUCCACUUGCACUCACUCCAAGCACUCCGCGAAAAUCCUCAGUUUUUCUUGCAAAUUUUACCGAAUUUGAGUCUCAACUGUCUUCUAUAAGUUUUGCAUUCUGCUGAUUGGUGGAUGUUGGCGAGGCUCCGCUUUCAGCACCGUUUUUCUUUUUCAAUCGCAGGCUUUAGUAACCUUGCCUCGUUGCUCUCGCUUUCAAUUUCCCUUUCAACCUUCAAAAGGGAUUUUAUUGGAAAUGUUGUUCAAGGCGUUUUUGCACCUGAGUCUUCUAUUCAAUCAAAUCGUCGGUUUUUUAUGCGAAUUUUCCCUAGUUUGAGUCUCAACUAUCGUGCAUACUGUUAUACAUGUGGAUCAGGCUCCGCCCUCGUUUUUUGCGAAUAAAAUGUUUUAAAUUGUGCUGAUUCGCUGAUGUGGACGAGGCUCCGCCCCCAACGGUUUCUGGCUCGUUUUUCUCUUGCUAUCGCGGGAUUUUAAAGCGCUGCCUUGUUGCACUCGCAUUCAAUUUCCCCCUUAGGCUUAAAGAAGUAUUUUGUUUGAAAAUAGUGUUGAGGUUGGUUUUGCGUCUAUCUUCUACUUAAAUAAGACUUGGUAAGAGAAGAAACCGAAUAAUACCCAACAGGGCCUAAGAUUGUAUUAUAACUAGCUAACCUCCAAUUAAUGAAUUGCAUGUGAUAAAAGAUGUUAUGUUGGCUGUUAAUUCCCCGCUUGUAACGGUUAUUUCCGGAUAAGUUGGAAUUUUCCAGAUCUUUCGUCAAACGACUGCACUUUUGAGGCCCCGAAAGGCCAAAAGCCGGAUUUUUCACUUGGUUUGUAAAGUUUACACGUUUUGAUCGCACCGCCAUGUGAUGGGUUUCCAAAGUGGGCGGAUUACCAUAAAAGAACCAAAGAAAACCAAUUUGAACCUGUACAAAAAACAUCGAUGUUAAUGCGAACUUUUUUAUUGAAACUAGAAGGGAAGAUUCUGAAUAUUCAUUAUUACUAAAGUCCGUGUAUAUUGCAGCACUUUUAUAUUUCUAGUUGUUUUUACCUUAAGUGUGUAGACUCUUUUUAUUGUUGCCUGAUGAAAAAAAAACGAUGUUAGUAUUUACUGGUUUGGGGUUUUUGUUUGGUGAAACUUGGACAAGGCCAAGUUUGCGUGUAAGUCAGUAGACAGUUUUUUUGCGUAAAAUUACCAAUAGAAGCUUCAAUUGCUUGCAAAGACUUUUCGAAAAUAUUACCAACCAUUCAGGCAGAGAACUCAUUCAGGAUGCUGUAAAUUAUUUUCCUUAUUCACCUCAACAGGGCGCAUACAACAUUUAAACCUAUUGAAAGUUGUAUUCGUUUACUACCCAAUUAAGCCGCUACUUCACUUGGUUCACUUGAGAGAAUCACGUUUGUGAGUUACUCAAAUGAACGGUGAUUUUUCGGUCCUCACCAAAUUGCGCAUAUCAUUGGAGUGCAUAUGUAAAAGUCCACUGAAUGUCCGUCUUGAUUCGUUUACUAUCGACUGAUGUAUCCCAUUAUUCAGCCCAUUGGGCAAGACAAUAAAUGAAUGAUCUAACGA